GAGAAAGUGCUUCUCAAAACCUAGAAUCAUCCACCCCCAACAUUCGGCAGAAUUUCCGCGAUUUCAAGCCCGAUCCUUCGAGAUUCGGACCAUUCCUGAUUAACCCGAUUACCCAAGAUCCUAUCUUCGCAUCUCCAUUUCUCCGAAAUUUUCUAAAAGUUGGUAGAUUCCUAGAUCAGAUUCUGGAUUUAUUCAUCUUGUUUGAUGAAUCCACCGAUCCCCAUCCCAGGCUCUUCUUCUCCGGCGAUGGACGUUUCGCCGCUUCUAAGCCGGAACAGGCGUAACAUCCCUCGCACGUCCCAGCCGCUUCGAGGCGCAGCGUCGAGACUUCUCCGCCGCGCUAGCAAUCGCCGGAUGAUGCUUCGCGAGCCCUCCGUUCGAGUUCGUGAGGUGGCGGCUGAGCAGCUUGAGGAGCGGCAGAGUGAAUGGGCUUACUCUAAACCGAUCAUAGCCCUCGAUAUACUCUGGAAUUUCGUCUUUGUGAUUGUGUCAAUCGGGAUUCUAGGGUUUAGCUCUGAAGAGAAUCCUGAUGUUCCUCUAAGGCUUUGGGUUAUUGGGUAUAAUUUCCAGUGUUUGUUUCACGUUGGAUGUGUAAUUGCCGAGUAUAAACGACGCCGAGAAGCUAAUUCUCGUAGUGAAGAUGAUUCCUCCUCCAAUCACGGAUCUCUCAGCGGAAGCGAAGACGAAUCUGAUGGUUAUGGCAUCGACGAGACGGAUGAUGACCAUCGAGCUAGUUUCGCCAAGCACCUCGAGUCUGCAAACACGAUGUUCUCUUUUGUCUGGUGGAUCAUCGGGUUUUACUGGGUCACAGGUGAUGCCGAGGCACUCGCUCAAGCGUCGCCUCAACUCUACUGGCUCUGUGUUGCAUUCCUUGCCUUUGAUGUUAUCUUCGUUGUCAUUUGCGUCGCCGUUGCUAGUCUAAUCGGUAUUGCUGUUUGCUGCUGUUUACCUUGCAUCAUCGCGAUCUUGUACGCAUUAGCAGAUCAGGAAGGUGCGCCUGAUGAAGAGAUAGAAAGGCUUUCAAAAUUCAAGUUUCUCACUGUAAAGAAUUCCGAGAAAGUGAAUGGCGAAGUCCGGGAAACUCAAGGAGGGAUAAUGACAGAAUUAGGUGUUGAUUCUCAAACCGAACGCGUGAUAGCUAGUGAUGAUGCUGAAUGUAGCAUUUGUCUGUGUGCAUAUGAAGAUGGGGUAGAGUUAAGGGAACUGCCUUGUAGACACCAUUUCCACAGUUUAUGUGUAGACAAAUGGCUAAGGAUCAACGCAACUUGCCCUCUCUGCAAAUUCAAUAUUCUCAAAAAUGGUGAACAUAGUGGGAGUGAACAAGUGUGAGGAGAAAGAAGAUUCGUUGUAAGAAGAUUCGUUGCUCUCUGAGUUAAUAUAUGCGAAUGUGAUGAGCUCAUCAUCAUCAUCGUCAAUCACUACCUUAAACCUCGUUUAUUCUUUGACCACUACAGAGGGACGAACAAGAGAAGACCUUUAAGUUUUGUUUUGAAAACGAAGCUGCACUUCUUCUUUUUGUUUCUUUUUUUGUUUACCUUUUUCUUACAUAUUGUAAUUUGUAAAUGCAAUAAGUAAAUUAUAGUUCGGUUGAAAAAUGUUUAUUCAGCGAGUCAGAGGUGUGAUGAGAACCGUUUGGGUUAGUAAGUCAACGGAUAAAUUAUA